AUGGUCAGUAAGAAGCUUGGUGAGGCACAACGUAAAGAGGAUUUUUGCAUUCCCCUGGAGGGCCAACAUACGGAUUGCGCACUCUCACCGGAAGAAUGGCCGCUUUUACUGAAAAACUAUGACAGGCUGAACGUGCGGUCUUCCCACUUUACGGUUUUGGAUUGUGGAUGGUCUCCGCUUCGGAGACCCCUGUCCCAGUAUGUGAAGUACGGCAUGAUUAACCUUGACAAGCCCUCUAAUCCUAGUUCACACGAAGUGGUGUCAUGGAUUAAACGCAUUUUGAAGUGUGAAAAAACCGGGCAUGCGGGAACGUUGGAUCCUAAAGUAACCGGAGCCCUCAUCAUUUGUAUUGACCGAGCAACACGUUUAGUGAAGUCUCAGCAGAAUGCCGGUAAAACAUACAUUGGUGUGUUGCGCCUUCAUGACACGGUGAGUGAAAAAAAGGUUGUUGCCUCGCUGCAGCGCCUUACAGGUCCCUGUUUUCAAAGACCACCGUUAAUUGCGGCGGUGAAGCGUCAGCUUCGUAUCCGCAAUAUAUAUUCAAAUCAGCUUAUUGAGUAUGACAAACAUCGUCACUUGGCCGUGUUUGAGACUCACUGCGAGGCAGGCACGUACAUACGAACCCUUUGUGUUCAUCUCGGGUUGAUUUUGGGUGUCGGUGGCCAUAUGGAAGAGUUACGACGAAUUCGAACCGGGGUGAUAUCUGAAGACGACCACAUCUCGACCAUGCAUGACGUUCUUGAUGCGCAGUGGCUGUAUGAUAACGAGAAGGAUGAAACGUACCUUCGGAGAGUAAUUCUCCCCUGUGAAUAUUUAUUAACAAACUACAAGCGUGUGGUUGUGAAAGAUUCUGCCGUAAACGCGGUCUGCUACGGGGCUAAGCUCAUGAUUCCUGGACUCGCGCGCUUCGACAACGGAAUUGAAAGGGAUGAUGUUAUUGUCCUCAUGACCACUAAGGGGGAGGCCAUUGCAUUAGCUUAUGCUGAAAUGUCCACAUCACAAAUGGCUUCAGUGGAUCAUGGUAUCGUGGCUCGAAGCAAACGUGUGAUCAUGGAUCGAGACACGUAUCCGAGACGUUGGGGACUUGGCCCCGUUGCUGUGAAGAAGCGUACGAUGAUGAAAGAUGGACUUCUGGACAAGUACGGCCGUCCCCAAGCAAACACGCCGUCCGACUGGUUUUACGUGGACUACGGUGGCGUUAGUACGAAUGCUGAAGGCGUUCAGUACGGGGAGGCCCCAAGAAAGAAUGGAAAGCGCCCUAGGUCAGAAGCAGAUGACACCUAA